CAGCGGCAGGAAGCAGGCGGGCGUUCAGCCGGCGCUAGGCCUAUUCUCUGAAGGGAGUGCGCUGGACAUUUCCCUGCGUAACUCCCAUCUCUGGGCCCAGAGUCUGUGCAUGGCGGACUYCCCAGGGAACUCUACCCUGGAGGAAAUUCUGGGGCAAUAUCAACGGAGUCUCAGGGAACGGGCCAGCAGAAGCAUUCACCAACUGAAAUGUGCCCUGAGAAAAGGUGAUGUCACCAUUGAAGAAGAAGCACUGGAUCCUUCCUUUAGCACCAAUGUAGGAAAUGAGGACCCUGAGAUAGCCUGGCAUGAACUGCAACAUAGCCAUGCCGUUAAACAGCUCAAAGCUAUGUUGCAUCAGCAAGCAAGUAAGGAAAAUGAGAUAUCUCCAUCAAGAAAACAAAAAAUGCCCCCUUUGAGAUCAUCAGAAUAUGAGGAAACUAAUAUUCCUAUUGUACACAACCUUGUUCCUAUCAUUAAUGACCAAUUUCAAUACAUUCAUCAUUUAGAGGCUGAAGUCAAGUUUUGCAAGGAGGAACUCUCUGGAAUGAAAAAUAAGAUACAAGUAGUUGAGCUUGAAAAUGAAAGACUCCAGCAAGAAAGACUCCAGCUGAAAUCUCAAAGACAAGAGGAGACAAUGAGGGAACAAACACUUCUGGAUGCAUCUGGAAACAUGCAGAAUUCUUGGGUUACAACAGGUGAUGAUUCCAGGGUAAAUGAAGCUGCCAAGAAACCAUUUUUCCAUGAUGAUGCAGAUAUUGGCAAAGUUACAACUAUUGGAGAGGCUGAAAAAUGGAAGCUAGAACUAGAGGGGUUAAAACUUACAUAUGAGGCAAAGAGUGAAAUCCUGGAAUCUCAGCUGACAUUUUUGAGACAUUCUAAAAAUUACUCCACCUCCUUUGGGCUGCUUGAGAGUCCCCAAAUCUCAAGAGUUGAAGACGUAUAUUUCAGCCGGGAGGAAUGGUUAUUGGCGUUUCCUCUGCAACAGAAAGACUUAGCUGAAUAUCAGAAAAACUGUGAAGAUCUUAGAGAGCGAUUAAAACAUAAAGAGUCUCUUCUUGCUGCUAAUAUUUCCAGCCAUGUUGGUGGCCUUUGUUUGAAGUGUGCUCAGCAUGAAGCUGUUCUUUCCCAAACUCAUAAUAACGUACACAUCCAAACCAUCGAAAGACUUUCUAAAGAAAGAGAUGACUUAAUGUCUGCACUAGUUUCUGUAAGGAACAGCUUGGGAGAUAUGCAGCAAAGAGAAACAAGUGCCUAUGAACAGGUUAAACAAGCUGUGCAUAUGACUGAGGAAGCCAAUUUUGAAAAGACCAAGGCUCUAAUCCAGUGUGAGCAGUUGAAGAAUGAACUGGAAAGGCAGACAGAAAGGCUUGAAAAAGAACUUGCAUCUCAGCAGGAGAAAAGGGCCUUUGAGAAAGAGAUGAUGAAAAAAGAAAUAACGAAAGAAAGGGAGGACAUGGAAUCAAAGAUGUUGAUCCUGUCUCAGAAUAUUGCCCAACUUGAGGCCCAGGUGGAAAAAAUUACAAGAGAGAAGAUUUCAGCUAUUAAUCAACUAGAAGAAAUUCAAACCCAGUUUGCUUCUCAGGAAAUGGAUGCCACCAAGGUGUGUGGAGAAAUGCGUUUUCAGUUGAAUAAAACCAAAAUGGAGAAAGAUGAGGCAGAAAAGGAGCACAGAGAGUACAGAGCAAAAACUAAAAGGGAUCUUGAAAUUAAAGAUCAGGAAAUAGAGAAAUUGAGACUAGAACUGAGUGAAAGCAAGCAGCACAUGGAACAGGAGCAGCAGAAGGCAGCCCGGGCCAGAGAGGAGUGCCUGAAACUAACAGAACUGCUGGGCGAAUCCGAGCACCAACUGCACCUCACCAGACUGGAAAAAGAUAGCAUUCAGCAGAGCUUCAGCAACGAAGCAAAGGCCCAAGCCCUUCAGGCCCAGCAAAGAGAGCAGGAGCUGACACAGAAGAUACAGCAAAUGGAGGCCCAGCAUGACAAAACUGAAAAUGAACAGUAUUCAUUGCUGACCUCCCAGAAUACAUUUUUGACAAAGUUAAAGGAAGAAUGCUGUACAUUAGCCAAGAAACUGGAACAAAUCUCUCAAAAAAGCAGAUCUGAAAUAGCUCAACUCAGUCAAGAAAAAAAAUAUACAUACGACAAACUAGAAAAGUUACAGAGAAGAAAUAAUGAAUUGGAGGAACAGUGUGUCCAGCAUGGGAUAGUACAUGAGACAAUGAAGCAGAGGCUCCAGCAGCUGGAUAAGCAUAGCCAGGCCACAGCGCAGCAGCUGGUGCAGCUGCUCAACAAGCAGAACCAGCUUCUCCUGGAGAGACAGAGCUUGUCAGAAGAGGUGGACCGGCUGAGAUCCCAGUUACCCAGCAUGCCACAAUCUGAUUGCUGACCUGGAUGAAACAGAGUGAAAUAAAUGGUUUACAAAGAGAUAUUUACAUUCAUCUGAUUUGUACUUAAUAUGCCACAACACACCGCACCUUCCCAGGGUAAUACCACCUCGGACUGCACUGGGGCUGGUCCUCAUGCUACGUUUUUUUGUCCCUGCAUUAGGAACUGGCUAGAAUUGAAGUCUGAACCUGGAUGAGGAGACUCCUGGUAUAUGUUCUCAGAAAUGGCUUGAAGUUACUGUUUUUAAAUAUGCUAAUUUUAAAUACACUAGGUUAUACAUAGGAAUUUCAAUAAAUGACCUUUUUUAAAGACUUAAAUUGUAAUGUUUCCUUUUUACCUUGUAGUAAUGAACACAAAACACCAAAAAGGCACAUAUUUUAACUAGGCCAGAUGUGUUAAGGACCAGACUUUUCCUGCCAUUUUUCUUUCCCUUUUCCUGAUAUGUAUCAUCCUUCAUCUUUCUUUGCUUUUAAUCAGCAUCCAUUAUUUGUCAUCUUAUUAAUAUGUGCACAUUCAGGAGACACCAGGAAGCACUGUGCCUUACUCUUUCCAUUCUGUAAACAACAAAAACUGACAAAAAGAAAAGCAUCUUUGGCUCGGUGGUGUCAGAUUUUUUUCCUUCAAUAGCAGUAUUUGAGCCUAUAAAUGUACCUAGAGAAAUUAGAAAAUGUCUUAGAGUAUAUCAAAUAUCUGUACACAGAUCAUUAUUUUUGGCCUAAAAUAGUAUUUCUACUAUACACAGUCAAGCCCUCAAAUGUUUGAAAGGAAUAAAAAUGGACACUGAGUCUACAGUUGGGACAAGCCCCUGACCUGCUGUUCUCCCUGGCCAGCAACCCAUCAUCAGCAUCAUCACAGAUCGGAUAGUACUAGAUGCCCAGCCUUGCCACUCAGAAUUUGUGUGGAUUAGGCUUUGGAGGUGGUGGCAUGGUCCUUACAGAGCGACCACUCUCGUCUCUGGAGUGUGUCAAAGGCUCAAACUUGAAACAGCAGUAUUUCUAUUCAGAGUGUUUGAUUUCAUCAAAUGUGCUAGACAUAAAGGCUGUCACAUAAGAUAUUUUAACUGUCCUUAAUUCUGUUUUAGGUAUACCACGAAUAAAUUAUACAAUAUUCUAAAAAUAGCACCUUUAAAGAAUGUUAGAGGUCACUUUAUCUCAGCCUCCUGGAUCCAUCAACCUCAGUGACUCUGAGAGAAGAGCACAUAUAAGAAUGCCCCCAAAUUUGGCUGUGUGACAUACACCUACAUGCCUGACUCUGGACCCUAAGCUUUUCCUCUCUCUGGCUGAGUCACAGGAGCAAAGCCAAGUUCUACAAUAGUAGUUUUAUGAGGUAAAAUCAGAAAAAGGCCCCAUCUGCAAUGAUUCAACAUAAAUCAGAUUGUAGUCCAGCCAUCCUAUCCAUCUAGGACCCACAUCUAAGUUCAUUAAUUGCCAUGAAGUACUAAGAUUACACUCCUAAGAAAGUAGUAUGCAGAGCAGUACAUUAUCAGGAAGACAUUACUGAUGAACUACACUCCCUAAAAAUUCAAAUUCAAACCAUUUAUUGUGAAGAUUAUCAGGGUCUGAAUAAAUCCCCAUGGCCUGGCCCUCUUCCACCCCUGGCUUCACAGGUCUGUCGUAAACCCAGUGCUGAAAGGCCAGCAUCUCCCCUUUGGAAGCCUUCAUCAAAGUUUAUACAACUGCACUAUUGCCAUCUUACUGAAGGAAAGAUAAUUCCCUGUGUUGUGUUCAGAGAUAAGAGGAAUUUACAUAGUUUCCUGUCACAUCUUAUAAAGAGUAGGUUAAUACCAGGUGAGGGGCUAUUAUAUUUUUCUUUCAGAAAAGAAUAUUAAUUUUCUGAGAUUACAGAACCACAUCCAACAACAACAAACAGAGAAGUAGCAGAUUGACAUAGUGCUUUAUUUAAGCUGUCUGUACGAAGGAAAAUAAUGUGCAUCCCUAUCAUAUACGUGUAAAAAUACUAAGGAUGUACAGUGUACAAAAACAGUUUCUUGUAGUUAUUUCACAUCCUUGUGGGUCAUAUACUUAAAGAAAUAAACAGUUUUAGUAUGACCAACAGUAAUAGUAAUACAGUUUCUUGGGUUCAUAGUUGCGUCUGCUUAAAAUCCUUAACCAGAUGACUAGAUCUUGCGCGGAUCUAAUGAAAGAACUAGCAAGGUCAAGAAAUGUCACAAACUAUAAAGCUACAGGGAGGUAAUUCAAUUACCAAUUUAGAGGUUUUCUUUUUAUUUAAAUAAAUACUUUACAUUUCAUGCUUGCCUGUAAUGCACUACCAGGAGCAAGAUAAGGAAAUUCUACUGUAGACAGUACAAACGGUAGCAGCAAAGUGUGUACAUUGAGGUGUAGUAUAUAGACCCUGCAGUUAGUAAGGAAGGCCCUUACUUUUGUACUCUAGGAGAAGCAAGUGGCCCCUGCAAGAACAGUCAGCUUUAAGAAGCCGGAAAUCAGGUACAGGAAAUGGAAAACAAUACUGGAAUAAUGCUAUGUAAUUAGUAUAGAAAGCAAAGCUGUGAGCAACCCUGCCAACAAUCCAAGCAGAAGUAGCCAAUUUCCUCCAAGAUGGCUGCAUUAUGACACGGGGUCAACUUCAUGACAGUAUGAGCUGGAGUUCACAAAGUUCCAACAGGAUGAUUUUAGGUGUCAGGCUGUCCUGCCUGCCAGAAUCCCAAACUACAACUAUGGGCAACACAGGGAAGUUUCAUUGUCUCCCUCUGUACACCUUUCUGUGUUUCAUCAUGCCUCCAUGCCAGCUGACUUGAGAUCUGGGAGUAAAAGGAAGGGAUCCUAGAAAUCAAAGCCAAGAACACACCUCGUUUGACACUGAUGGAGCCAAGAAGGGGAUGACUGAGCCCUGCACAUGGCUGAAGACUGAGGGCCAUCUGUGAGAGCAGUGGCCAGCCUGGAACAUUAUCAGAGCCGUCAUUAAUCUUUAGGAAGUAUCCUUGGCCAAUGUCAUGGAAAUCAUCUUAAGA